AUGUCAGCCAUCAAAAGACCUGUUCAAAUCGAAGAAUUCAUCGUCACUUUAAGAGAAGUUCAAGAUUCAGAGCUUUACUCCAUCAAGAGCAUAUUGAACAAGUCAAUUUCGAAAUUAUACAAAACAAACAACAAAUUGACAAAAUUGAUCAAUAAAGAGGAAUUGAAUAGUGAAAGUGAUGAAAGUGACGACGAAUUGAAUGAAAUUGACACCAAUGAUGAACAAUUGUUCAAGGAAAUCGUUGCUGAGAAUGAAAUUGUUGUAAAGAACCAACAAGAGAGAAUUGAAGCCAUCGAUAACGAAUUGACUCAUAGAGGACUACCAGUGGAAGAGAAUGGAGGUACCAAAUCCACAAAAACUAGUUCUCAAACCACUGGUGAUGAGAAAUUGAAAGAGAAAGCCGGUGUCUAUGACACAGAUAAUGAUGUUGUUGAUGCCAAUGCCCCAAACAGUGUGUUCUUGUAA